GUCUUCUCACUCUUUUUCUCACUUCAAAGGGAAAUGCAGUGCUUGACAAUGGUGGCUACGUUGUAGAAUCCUAAACCCUAACCCUAACAAAAACGACCGAAAAAAAAAUUUGGGAAUCUUUAAGAAAAUUCUAUUGAUCGAUCUUUGCGACGCCAUGGACGUGGACCAUGAUCAACCUUCCGCCGCGGCCGCGAAGGCCCAGGCGCUGCAGACCCUAGCAGCGGGUCCUCUCUCCUCAUCGGUGGCAAAGCUCGCCGCGUCCUCGCGCUGCCUCCCUUCUGACAAGGACUUCCACUUCUACCGAAACUUCGAGGAGUUUAAGGUCCCUGUCGAGGAAAUCGCGAGGGAGUCGCGGUCGAUGCUGGAGGCCAUCGGAGCCGCGGCGCACGCAGCGUUCCCUGCUGACGUCGACGACGCCUAUGACUGGCUUGUGAACGUGAACGAUGAUGUCCUGGAGCGGUUUGAUGCAUCCAUGGACGAGUUCCGGAGGCAUCGGGAGGAGGAAAAGACUGGGCAUCCGGCGAAGCACCCGAUGGAGGAGGAUGGGUUUCAGCUGGUUUCUGGGAGGAAGAAGAAAGGGGCAAGAGGGAAUGUGAUUCCAGGGACGGGUCCUGAGGUGAGUCCGGCGACACCUGGAGUCACUGUGGCGACUAAGGAUAAGAAGACGAUGGGGCCCAAGCCCAAGGUUCCGUUUCAUAUUCCAACUAUAAGGAGACCGCAGGAUGAGUAUAGUAUUGUGGUUAACAAUGCAAACAUGCCUUUUGAGCAUGUGUGGUUGCAGAGUAGCGAAGAUGGGUCAAGGUUCAUUCAUCCACUGGAAAUGCUCUCUGUUUUGGAUUUUGUUGAUGGAAGUCCUGGGGAUGUUGUGCCAAUGAAGCCUCCCUCAAUAGAUAACACUCCUUUCAAGCUCGUGGAGGAAGUCAAAGAUUUAAAGGAGUUGGCUGCUAGGCUGCGUUCUGUUAAUGAAUUUUCGGUUGAUUUGGAACAUAAUCAAUAUCGGUCUUUUCAAGGUUUGACUUGCCUUAUGCAAAUCUCAACAAGGGCUGAAGAUUUUGUUGUUGACACAUUGAAACUUCGCAUUCAUAUAGGACCCUAUCUUAGGGAUGUUUUCAAGGACCCUUCCAAGAAAAAGGUCAUGCAUGGUGCGGAUCGUGAUAUUUUAUGGCUUCAACGAGACUUUGGAAUUUAUGUUUGUAAUCUGUUUGACACUCACCAGGCUUCAAAGUUGUUAGGCUUGGAGAGAAAUAGUUUGGAGUAUAUUCUGUAUCAUUUUUGUGAAGUUACUGCAAACAAAGAUUACCAGAAUGCAGAUUGGAGACUACGUCCACUUCCUGAUGAGAUGCUAAGAUAUGCUAGAGAAGAUACACACUAUCUGUUAUAUAUAUAUGAUUUAAUGAGGAUUAAGUUAUUUGCCUUGUCUAAGGAUUCUGAAAGUUCUGAGUCUUCUGAUAUUUCUCUGGUGGAGGUCUACAAACGAAGUUAUGAUGUCUGCAUGCAGCUGUAUGAGAAAGAACUUUUGACAGAGAACUCCUAUCUUCAUAUAUAUGGGUUGCAAGGAGCUGGUUUCAAUGCUCAGCAGCUUGCCAUUGUAUCUGGACUAUGUGAAUGGAGAGACAUUGUUGCCCGGGCAGAGGAUGAGAGCACAGGAUAUGUAUUGCCAAAUAAAUCCGUUCUUGAAAUCGCUAAGCAGAUUCCUCUUACUACAAGCAAACUAAGACGAUUAGUGAAGUCAAAACACCCUUAUGUUGAACACAAUCUUGAUACAGUUGUCAGCAUCAUUAGACAUUCUAUUCAGAAUGCUGCUGCAUUUGAAGAAGCAUCUCAACUGUUGAAAGAAGCACACGCUGCCGUGGCAUUAGAUGUGGUACCAGUUACUGAUGGAACUGAAGACCCCCAAUUCUAUAAACAAGAUUCUAAGGAACCUUCUGUGCAUCAAGAUACAAACGUACAAAUAAAAAUCAAGUCCAGUAGUCUUACAUCUGAGCCAAGGGUGAGUCUCACAGUUUUAGAGCUGGAUAGGGAUGCAAAUGUUGGUGCACUUUCUUCGGAAAAGGGAAAUAGAACGACUGUUCAGGUGCUAAAAAAGCCUUCUGGUGCUUUUGGGGCACUUCUGGGGAAUUCAGCUUCAAAGAGGAAGCUUGGUCCUGAUAAGGGAAAGGAAGAUAUCAAGUUAGAGCAGAUUAGAGCUUCCGUUAGUCUUCCUUUCCAUACAUUUUUGGGUAGCAGCGAGAAGUUAGAACCUACAGUACAAACUCCCAGUGUAGCGACUGAAAUAUUAGAGCCACCGAAACCUGUUUCUGAUAUAGUUUCUGCCUCUCCGCUUGAUGAGAUUAUAAUGCUAGAAUCUGAUACGGGUGCAGAGGGUAUGGAGCUGAAUAACCUAGAAAACUACAAUGUGCACAUGGAGAAAAGUUCUGGUGUGUUCACUUCGGGAAAAGAGGAUAAAGAACCAGUGUCUCUAUCGGAAUUAUCAUCAAAUUUUAAAAAAUGCUUUCAUUCAAAUGACCAAAAUAAUAAAACCAGACAGCACGGGAAAACUGAAGAGUCCAGUGGCGUGGUGCAGCUGAAGGCAUUUGAUUAUGAAGCUGCAAGGAAGCAUGUCGAGUUUGGAGAACAUACAAAGCAUGCAUCUUCCCAGGAUUGUGGUGAGGUAGAGGUCUCAGAUAGCAAGCAACUUUCGACAAUUGGGCAGGAACAAGCUAGUAAUUCGACUAAACAAUUGCAACAAGGUAAAAGACGUCAGGCUUUUCCAGCUUCUGGGAAUCGUAGUGCAACAUUUCGCUGAGAAAUGAAAAUGGUACAAAAAUGGGAAACCAAGAUGUUCAAUAUAGCGUAGCGUCGAAUCUAAGAUUGGCAAGAUAUAGAAAUUUAUGAAUUUAAGUUUACAUCUUAAAAUUUUAAUUUUUACAUGUUGGUCAUUAGCAGCAACAUUUAUCCUUGUGUAGCUGAUAAUUAGUAUGAAAGAUGAAAAUUAUUUCUGGGAGGCAAGAAAAUCUGGUAGGCAUUGUAAAUCUACUUAACAUUUUUCAUUGUUUAUUUCUCACUUGCAUUUCAAUCUAGGAAUUUAAAUCCGGUCAACAUGAA